CAAGCCGGAAGUAAUAAGCUAGCCUUGCUUUCUGCAUCCAAUCUCUGCCUUUAAGCCAUCAUCCAUCAUCAUGCUAGGCCUAGUAAACAAUGUGGCUACCAAGGUGGCCUCAGUAAUCCACCACCCUCCUGUUAGCAUCUUUGCCAAAUCUGACAAGAAAAUCUUGGAGGAUAUUUACACUACUCAUGUUCAUGCUGAUGAUUCAUUUGAUGACGAUACCCUUUUCGACAUUGUUGAGAGUAUCAUCAAGCGUGCAACCCAAACCGUUGAUAAAAUUGUGCAGGGUACCCAAGUGCAUGUGGAAGACAUAGAGGAGAAGACUCCCAAAGCCAGCUUUAGUGUACCACUGUGCACGCUUAAAGGAAUCUCCUGCGAGAUGCAAUGCAAGCCUCCUGGUGAGGAAAUUGCCCACAAGACAACACUGGCAAUACUCCACAAGCUGUCGACCUAUUCAUGGGAAGCAAAGGCAUCACUGACCCUAGCAGCUUUUGCUAUGGAAUUUGGUGAGCUGUGGCUCCUUGCUGAGCUUCGCGAAUCUAACCACCUUGCCAAAUCAAUUGCCAUUCUCAAACGAGUCCCUGUUUUUCUCAAGCCUUCUGAGCUGCCCAAGCGCAGGCAAGCAAUACUUGAGCUUAACAAUCUGAUCAAGGCCACAUUGCAAGUGAUUGAAUACAUCGACCAGGUCAACAGACUUUCCAUUUAUGACCUAAAAGAUGUCCCCGAGUUGCCAAAAACAUUAGAACAUAUACCGGUGGACGUUUAUUGGGCUAUCAUGACUGUUGUGGCAUGUGCCACUAAGGUCACUAUACUCACAAGUGAUGAGGAAAAAGAAUUUGAUAUAUCUCCCUAUUCUCAAAAAAUCCACUUUGUCCUCAACAAGCUGAAGACGCAGCUAACAAUUUGCAAAACACAUAUCGAAUUGGAACAAAAUUUUAGAAAGCUCAGGAAACUGCUCCGAACACCUACCGAAGUUAUGGAAAUUUUUAAGGGUUUGAUAUUUACAAAGGAUAAUGUCCAGCCACUAUUUGAUGGCUCCACUAAACAAACGGUGAACAUCGAAAUCCUAAGGAGGAAGAAUGUGCUUUUAUUCAUUUCCAGCCUAGACAUUACGGAUGCUGACUAUUCAAUUCUAAAACCAAUCCAUGAUGAGUUCAGAAAGAAAGACGAUCAAUAUAAGAUUGUUUGGAUACCAAUUGUGGAGCAAUGGACUGAUGAGCUGAGAAAGAAGUUUGAUAUCCUGAAGAACAAGAUGCCAUGGAUUACGGUGCAGUAUUCUGGCCCUAUAGCAGGCAUCAAGUUCAUCAAGGAGGAGUGGAACUUUAAGGGUAAGCCGGCACUGGUAGUGAUGAACCCACAAGGAAAGGUCGAACACUCUAACGCUCUCCACAUGAUUCGGGUAUGGGGAGUCAAGGCGUUCCCUUUCACAGAGACAACAGAAAAAGAACUUUCAAAAUCUCAAGAAUGGGUUGUCUCUGUGGUUGAAGGAACUCACCCAUCUGUGCCAACUUGGAUCAAAGAAAAUAAGUACAUCUUCUUCUAUGGUGGUAAAGACAACGAAUGGAUUCAGCAAUUCACAAAGAAAGCAACUGCCCUCGCAAACGAUCCUAUCUUGAAGGAAGCAAAGAUCCACUUAGAGUUGGUUCUGGUCGGAAAAGGCACCAAAGGAGAAGAUGACCACGGAAUUCUUGGUCGCUUCUGGACCGGUGUAGAAAGCUUGUUCUUCACCAAAGGCCACAAGCAUGGGGAUUUGGUCAGUCAAGAAAUCCAAAAGCUUCUGUCUUACAAAAACGAAAGCGGAUGGGCAGUGCUUAGCAAAGGACCGACUAUGUUGGUCACAGGUCAUGGUACCGCGGUAUUGAAGGUGGUAGAGGAAUUUGAGAAAUGGAAGGAGCAAGUCAAGGAGAAGGGAUUUGAGUUUUGUUUCAAGGCUUAUUAUGUGAAGAUAAGUCAGGCUAGUCGACCUUGCUGCCGUCUGGACAUUCCGGGGUCUUCCGGAAAGGUUCCAGAGUUGAUGAAGUGCCCUGACUGCCACCGUAGUAUGGAGACUUUCAUCAGUUACAAGUGUUGCCACAUUGAUGGUCCUACUGCACAUCACUAAGCGCUGGCUUUGUUGGUGUUUUCGAUCAAUCCUUCAGUACGUACGUAAUUAAUGAUGGACUCUAUUAUGUUAUAGUUUACUUCUGCAAGAUUAAAUAAGCGGAUAUGGCCGAUGCAUUGUGAUGCUCUGGUAUAACCCAGGCUUAUGAUUUGAAUUUUCAAGCUAUGUCUACUAUGUAAAUUGGGAUUUUCAUUCUGUACGUUUUGAAUUAAAUAAAACCAAUAUUUUGGUGA